AUGGCCACUUCAGUUCUCCCGUCUCACCCGGUCCCAGACCACUUGAUCACAAUCAAGGCCCUCUAUAACGACAAUAACCGUCGCUUCAAACUCCCUCUCAAGGACCUCAAGGCCCAAGUGUUCCCACAGAAGCUCCGCUCGCUUCUCGGCGUUCCGGCGGAUGUCAACGUCAUUCUUGAACGUUAUUCCGACAGCGCCGGCUCCUACAUUCGUCUGGACUGUGACAAUCCUGCAGUUUACAAACAACUGCACCGUGCUGCCAAAGCCAAGUCCAAGCUUCGGGUCAAGGUCACCACGGUCAACCCUUCGGUGCCUACGCCGAUUGACACCUCACCGCCCGUGCAACCCUCACCGAACCAACAGAACCCUCAGAGAAACAAUUAUCUUGAGACGGUGCUCAGCUCACCCAUCCCUGUUUCUCGCCCUGAGGCCCGUCUCCCCAGCAUGUCUGAUCCAACACCUACUGUCGACAUCGGCGAAAGCCAGCCAAAGCCACAGCCGGCCAGCCAGCCGCUCUACCGUGACUUUGAGAUAGAACAAGACAAGCAGCGCUUCCCGGUCAUUCCCCACAACUCCCCGAAUGGGAUGUUCUGUAUUGACUGUAAUAACUGUGGCCGCUCCAUCGCAAAUGAGCAUUACCACUGCAGUAUCUGCGAGCGUGGGGACUACGACCUGUGCCCGCAGUGUGUGGAUGCAGGGGCAUCAUGCCGAGGCGAUGGACAUUGGCUGAUCAAGAGAGUCGUCGAGGACGGUUUGGUGACCAACAGCACAACGGAGACCAUUCCUCCGCGGGCUCCCCAAGUGCAGGAGAGUAAGCCCAAGCCGCCCCAGGCCGAGGCAACGCCUGAGCCAGUCCCCGAGAUGGUAGACACGUCGGCUCCGACCGAUGUGACCGUUCACGGAGAAGAGAAGCCAAUCUGCAAUGGCUGCUGUCGUGAAGCUGACGAAAGCAACUUGGUCCGCUGCGAUGUCUGUGAGGACUACGACCUGUGUCUCCGUUGUCUCUUGAGAAACAAACACGGCCACCACCCUGCUCAUACCUUCCAGCUGGGUACGGACCGAAACUUCUGCCUCAAGAACUUGAUCAUGUCUCGUUGCCUUCCGGGUCGGCAGUUCAAACACGCGGCUGUUUGUGAUGGCUGCGAUAAGCGCAUCAUGGGCACCCGCCACAAGUGUCUGUCCUGUCCUGACUGGGACUAUUGUGCGGAAUGUAUCGUGAACGCCCACGAGCAUCACCCGCAUCACCGGUUCGUUCCCAUCUACGAACACCUCGAGGGUCCACGCCUUGAUCAUGAGAUCCACUAUGGUAUUUUCUGCGACGGCCCCCUGUGCAAGGACAAGCCGGCCCAGAGCUACAUCACUGGCGUGCGCUACAAGUGUGCCGUGUGUGAGGAUACCGAUUUCUGUGCCAACUGCGAGGCCCACCCGCAUCAGCAUCACAACCGUACUCACCCCCUGGUUCAAUUCAAGACUCCAGUCCGCAGCGUGACGGUGAGCACUAUCCAGGACGACGGUCCUAAGGGGACGGUCGCCUUGGGCGAUAAUGCCCCCGUCAGUACUCCGCCCGCGGCGGACAUGGAGGACGUCGUAGAGGAGCUCCCAGUAAGAGAGGAACAACCCGUGGAGGUGGGUGUCAACAUGCCCGCUGAGACGGUCGAGAAGACCAAGCCGGCCCCGACCCCGGUGUCGCAGCCACUCAGCACUGAAGCGGUGGCUACCAUCCGAGACGACCCCGCGACCAAUUAUCAGGCCUACUUCAUCCGUGACACUAUCACCGAUGGUAGUAAGCUGCCUCCUAGCACGACUUUCAACCAGACGUGGACUCUCUACAAUCCUGGGCCUUACGCAUGGCCGGCUGGCAGCGACGUUCGCUUUGUCGGUGGAGAUACCAUGUUCAACGUUGAUGCGACUCAUCCCUCCAGCGUGGAGUCCAUCCGAUCGGCGAUGGAAAGCAACAAGCUUCCUGUUCCUCUGGAGGUUGGUCAGAGCGCCGACUUCACUGUGACAUUGCGCACCCCUCGUCGUGCGGGAGCGGCCAUCUCGUACUGGCGUCUGAAGCUUCCCAACGGCAUGCCUAUUGGCCACCGACUGUGGUGCGAUGUCCGGGUGCAAGACGUCCCAUCGCCUGCAGUCUCGGAGCCUACCCCCACCGAGAAGGAAACUGAUGCGACCUCGAAGUCUGAGACCAUUGGUCGGGACAUGAUCUUCCCCAAACUGGACAAGGAGUCUCCAGAGACUAGCACCCACGAGGCUGCAGUCCCGGCGCCCCAGGCCCCAACGCUGUCCAACCCCUCGGAGGGUGAUGUUCUUGAGGACGUGGAAAGCUUGACCUUGGACGAAGCCGAUACUGACGCGGGCUUCCUGACCGACGAGGAGUAUGACGUUCUCGAUGCCAGCGAUCAGGAAUUUUUGGACGCCAAACAGUCUGUGAAAUAG